AUGACUUCCAACACCGGGAGAGAGGAUGAGCAACCACCGGAACCGACAUCUCUGAUCACGUCACUUCCCAAAGACGUCAUGUUUGACAUCUUAACGCGUCUACCAAGGUACGAGUAUUCAACACUCUCCCUUGUUUCCAAGCAGUUCCGGUCACUUGUUACUUCACCUGAGUUAUACGAGAUAAGAUCCUUGAUAGGCGUCACGGAACCUUUCUUCUAUGCUCUCUUCCAUGACUCACGAUCACGUAAAUCUCGUUGGAAUAUUAUCCACCGGAAAGCCAACGGCAAUCUCCUCUUGGACCGUAUUCACUCGCUACCCGCUAUGGAUUUUGAUGGAAGCUUUGUAGCAGUUGGCUCGAGAAUAUAUGUGUUUGGUGGGAAAAAAUAUCAGACAAGACAACGUGCAUUAAGCAUCGACUGUAGGUUUCACACUGUGGAACACCUCCCUAUAAUGCCUGUGCCCAUAUCUAAUACAAUAGCUGAGAUCAUUGAUGGGAGAAUCUACGUGAUUGGACACGACUACGAAAAGUCGAAGAAGGUGAUGGUGGUGUUCAAUACAGAAACACAAUCGUGGGAACUUGGAACGACAAAGCUAAACAUUGAGUUUGGUCACACUUGCCUUACUCGUUACGCGAUGAUGGAUGGUAAGCUGUACAAGAGGGACAAUGUUGAAAGCAAUGUUUACGAGCCAAAGAUGUGUAAACGGGAAAGGGAAAGGGACGAUAUGCAGAAUUUUCAUAGGUGGAAAAAUGCUUGCGUGGGUGAUAACAUAGUGUACUACUACGAUUGUAAUAGGAAGGAGUUAAGAACGUACGAUCCAAAGCAGAGGUACUGGGGAGUGGUGAAAGGUUUGGGCCGAUUGUUGCCUAAGACUAGAAGUUCAUAUUGGAUAGGCGCUGCUAGUUACGGUGGGAAACUGGCUUUGGUUUUUCCUAACGAAAGCUGGAUAACAAAUUACCUUUGGUGCGGGGAGAUAUCGCUGGAGAAACGUGAAGGAGGAGAGAUUUGGGGUAAACUUGAGUGGUGUGAUGAGGUUCUAGUUGAUGAGAAUUUAUACAUGAAGAACUUUCUAGCUGUCAUGGUUUGAUGCAGCAACUCUUCUUCUUUAUAUAUAACUUGUGUUUGU